UCAUGCAUGCAUGUGCCUGUAGUUAUAAGGACUUUCCAUUUUUAUUUUUAUUUUUCAAAUAUAUUUGGCUUGACCUGUAGCAAAUUUUGACUGCGAUGACGCGGCCCGCUUGUGUUGCUGGUAAGAGAGACUGAAAACAAUGCCCGACACGCCGCUUUCUUUAGAUAACUUACUCUAAAGUUCUCUUUAUGGCGUUUCAAAAUGACAGACUCUAACUUGAGGAACCAAAGCAACUAUGGGAUCUAUUUUGCUGAAACUUUCAAUGGAUCCGUUCUGGACCAGACAUUUCCAAACGAUAGCAUCACCACAUGCACGAACUUCACAAUGGACUCACAGGUUGUCGGGGUUGGGAUCAUUCUCUCCAUUUUUAUUUUGGUGGCAAUUGUUGGGAACAUUUUGGUUAUCCUGUCUGUGGUGUGCAAUAAACAUUUGCAAACGGUCACAAACUUCUUUAUUGUCAACUUAGCCAUGGCAGACCUGCUGUUAAGCAUUAUCGUGCUGCCUUUCUCUGCAUCUCUGGAGGUUCUGGGAUGCUGGAUGUUUGGCCGGGUUUUCUGUAACAUUUGGGCUGCGGUGGAUGUGCUCUGCUGCACCGCAUCCAUCCUCAGCCUAUGCAUCAUCUCCGUAGACCGGUACAUAGGUGUUAAACACUGCCUGAAAUACCCAAGUAUUAUGACAGAGAGGAAGGCAGUGGCUAUAUUAGCACUAGUGUGGGUAUCAUCCACGGUCAUCUCCGUCGGACCGCUCCUGGGAUGGAAGGAACCGCCGCCUGUGGACGAAAGCAUCUGCAGGAUCACAGAAGAACCGGGCUACGCGCUCUUCUCCUCUCUCUUCUCUUUCUACCUCCCGCUCAUGGUCAUCCUCAUCAUGUAUUUUAGGGUGUACGUGGUGGCCCGCAGGACUACCAAGAGCUUAGAAGCGGGCGUAAAAAGGGAGAGAAACAAGUCGAUGGAAGUGGUCCUCCGGAUACACUGUCGCAGCGUGCUGGAGGACGCGCGGCAGUGUAGCUCAAAAAGCAGCAAAAACCAUCCGUUUCGAAGUUCGCUCUCAGUGCGGCUGAUGAAGUUCUCCAGGGAGAAAAAGGCGGCUAAAACACUCGCCAUCGUUGUGGGGAUGUUCAUCUUGUGUUGGCUUCCUUUUUUCUUCUUUCUGCCGAUGGGUAUGUUUUAUAACUUCAUAUUUUUGUUCAGCAUAAAUUAUGCACCUUUGUGUCUGCUCCAUAAUAUAAAGGUGUACAGGAUUUCAUAUGCUCCCUUUCUGCCCCAGGAGCGCUACAGCUGA